AUGUACCAAAAUUCAAAUUAUAACCCAAGGCCCAUUCAAUCAACAGGAUACUCCACAUAUCAGAGAUCCUUCUAUUCACCGAAUCGCCCCUAUCGCCCCGCCUACUACCAACCACAAAGAACUCAAGGAUACUAUCAACCACAACACUACACUUAUCCCGGGCAAGUGGACACAAGUGAUUUGGUGUAUUUGACGGCGAAUGGACCGGUGCCCGUGAAUCCAGCCCUUGGACCGAUCAUUCUUUAUGGGAAUGCUGGCCAAUCCCCAAUUUCCACGAGCUACGGUGGGUAUUCUGGUGCCAGCUAUGGCCAACAACAGCCGGUUUCCACGAGCUACGGUGGAUAUUCUGGUGCCAGCUAUGGCCAACAACAGCCGGCAUACGCUGGAUAUAAUGGAUAUUCUCAAGGCUAUUCUGCAAAUUAUGGUCAAAACGACGGUGGUUAUAGCCCAAGCUACGCCCAGCAAAGCUCUUACGGUCAAUGGUCUCCUUAUGGUACUUCAUAUAAAAUUGGUGGAGGAUCAAUGUCGUAUCUGGGA